ACUGAACUCUAUUGCACGGCUGGCAUGUCAUUUUCUUGUACUUUUGAGCAGAGGAGAAGACCGGAAUUGAGCUCUUACAAAUCAAUUGCGUUUAACCGGGCGCACACUGCGAGAAUGAGAGAAAUAGUUCACAUACAAGCCGGACAAUGUGGGAAUCAGAUUGGCACCAAGUUUUGGGAAAUUAUCAGCGAUGAACACGGAAUCGAUCCGGCAGGAAACUAUGUGGGUGACUCAUCACUUCAAAUCGACAGGAUUAAUGUGUAUUACAACGAAGCGUCCUCACACAAGUAUGUUCCCAGAGCAAUCCUUGUGGACUUGGAACCUGGGACCAUGGACAGUGUCCGGUCAGGGACCUUUGGACAGCUAUUCAGACCUGACAACUUUAUCUUCGGGCAGACAGGUGCAGGGAACAACUGGGCCAAGGGCCACUACACUGAGGGAGCAGAGCUAGUAGACUCUGUGCUGGAAGUGGUGAGGAAGGAGUGCGAGAACUGCGACUGCCUCCAGGGCUUCCAGCUAACCCACUCCCUGGGUGGGGGCACAGGCUCGGGCAUGGGCACUCUGCUCAUCAGCAAGAUCCGCGAGGAGUACCCCGACCGCAUCAUGAACACGUUCAGCGUCAUGCCCUCUCCCAAGGUGUCGGAUACGGUGGUUGAACCGUACAAUGCCACCCUCUCUGUGCACCAGCUGGUGGAGAACACGGACGAGACAUACUGCAUUGACAACGAGGCACUCUACGACAUCUGCUUCCGUACCCUGAAACUGACCACGCCCACUUACGGAGACCUCAACCAUCUGGUGUCGGCCACCAUGAGCGGCGUGACCACCUCACUGCGGUUCUCCGGUCAGCUCAACGCCGACCUUCGCAAACUGGCCGUCAACAUGGUGCCCUUCCCCCGCAUGCACUUCUUCAUGCCUGGCUUUGCACCGCUAACCGCCCGAGGGAGCCAGCAGUACCGCGCCCUGACGGUGCCGGAACUCACCCAGCAGAUGUUCGAUGCCCGCAACAUGAUGGCGGCGUGCGACCCACAUCACGGCCGCUACCUCACCGUGGCCACUGUAUUCCGCGGGCCCAUGUCCAUGAAGGAGGUGGAUGAGCAGAUGCUGGCCAUCCAGAACAAGAACAGCAGCUACUUCGUGGAGUGGAUCCCCAAUAAUGUCAAGGUGGCCGUGUGUGACAUCGCACCCCGCGGCCUCAAGAUGGCCUCCACAUUCAUCGGCAACAGUACAGCCAUCCAGGAGCUGUUCAAGCGCGUCUCGGAGCAGUUCUCGGCCAUGUUCCGCCGCAAGGCCUUUCUGCACUGGUUCACCGGGGAGGGCAUGGACGAGAUGGAGUUCACUGAGGCAGAGAGCAACAUGAACGACCUAGUGUCUGAGUACCAACAGUACCAGGAGGCCACGGUCAAUGACGGGGAAGAGACAUUUGACGAUGAGGAAGAAGAGCUCAAUGAGUAAGGAGAAUGUGGACAGAAUUUGUUUUGAAGUGUACUGUCACGGAAGCAGUGGUGGAAAUAAAGUCUUUGAAACAAAUGUGUUACGUUUUCAUCUGGGGGUGCUUUGUGAUAUGUUGUGUAUUUUCAAAUCCGUAUGUACUUUUCUCAAUUCAUGUUGGUUGUGGGCAUGAUAUGUUUGAUGGUUGCUGCGUAUUUGAUUGGCACAUUGGGAGGCUGAUUUGCAAAGCUUCUGCUCUAGUCUCGUUCAAAGGGGAUGGAAGACAAAAACAAAGGCAAAACAUGAAACUGUCUUGAUUAACUUUCCCAUGUCUAUCUUUCUUUUGGCUUCAACUGUUGUGGUUGUAUACCCAUUAGAAUAUAACAUGUUCCUAUUUACAUCUUGGUCUCUCUCAUAAAAUAAGUUACAAACCUCAAGGGACUCUUCCUGGAUAAAUAAAGGUUAUUCUAUUGCAUGACUAUGAUGAUGGAAAAUACAGAAAAGUGCAUUGUCAAUAGUUUGCUAAUCAUUCUCGCUCCAUUUUGUUUAGACUUUAUUAACUCGCAGUUCUAUUUAGGGGAUUAAGAAAGGGAACCAGCCAUUAGAGCUAUUCAUGGCCUCAAUGAGUCUUCUGCAAUACACGUACUAGCUAACUGCCCCAGUCCACUGCUAAAUAUUAGAGGCAUUGAUGUGAAAAAAAGAUACACAAGUAGCCUAUGUGUGAAAAACUGUACAACUUCAAUAAACUUCACAAAUGUGAAAAAACAAACUGGAA